GUGAUGGAAUCAUGUCAAAUGGAUAAGGUCAAAAGUGACAUCUUCCUUGUGCCAUUUCCGUUUACCACGAGAGAGCAGUAGGUUCUGGUUCUCACUUCUGAGAUGAGUUCUUUGGGAGGCCUAGUAUUCAGUCUUUUAAGCAUUCUGUUUUUGUUCCUUCUCUUAGUUCUGAUCAAGAUCUUUCACAAACUAUGGUGGAAUCCGACUCGCAUACAGAAGCUGAUGGCUUUGCAAGGAAUCAAAGGUCCUUCUUACAGAUUUAUCCAUGGAAAUACUAAAGAAAUCUCCAGCAUGCAAAAGGAAGCAAUGAGCAGGCCCAAAAGUUUGUCACAUGAUAUAUUUUCUCAUGUUCAACCUCAUUUCUACUUAUGGAGCAGGGCAUAUGGUAAGAAUUUUCUUCAAUGGCAUGGUUCUCGAGCUCAAUUGGUCAUUACAGAACCUGAGUUGUGCAAAGAGAUACUAAAUAACAAAGACAGAACUUUCUCGAAAACCGAUUUCCCAAUAUUUAUGAAGAAGCUAUUGGGAGAUGGACUUGUUACAACUGAAGGUGAAAAAUGGGGAAGAAUGCGAAAGCUGGCCAACUCUGCCUUCCAUGGAGAGAGCUUAAAGAGUCUGAUUCCUGCAACUAUAGCUAGUGCUGAGUUGAUGCUAGAGAGGUGGAAAAGUCAUGAAGAAGGGAAAGAGAUUGAGAUAUUUGAAGAAUUUAGGUUGUUGACAUCAGAAGUGAUUUCCAGAACAGCAUUUGGCAGCAGCUACUCAGAAGGGAAGAGCAUUUUUGACAUGUUGAUGAAGUUAGCCUUCUUAACAUUCAAAAAUGCUUUCAAAGCUAGGAUUCCUAUCAUCAGUAAGAUUUUCAAAACCAGCGAUGAUAUUGAAGCAGAGAAGCUUGAGAAAGGAGUACAUGACUCCAUAAUAGAGAUUGUCAAGAAAAGAGAACAGAAGGCAAUGACUAUGAGUGAGGAAGAAAAAAGUUUUGGGAGUGAUUUUCUUGGAUUACUUUUGAAAGCUCAUCAUGAUGUCGAUGGCAACCAGAGGAUUACAGUGGAUGAUGUAGUUGAUGAGUGCAAGACAUUUUACUUUGCUGGACAAGAAACCACCAACAGUUUGCUAGCUUGGACUGUGUUUCUUCUGGCACUCCAUACAGAUUGGCAAAAGGAAGCAAGAAAAGAAGUGCUGCAAUUAUUUGGCAAACAAACUCCAAACCCUGAUGGCAUUUCCAAAUUAACAACAAUGGGUAUGAUCAUCAAUGAGUCUCUAAGGUUAUAUCCUCCUGUUGUGUCCAUUUAUAGGAAAGUCGCACGAGAAGUUAGACUCGGAAAACUCCUUGUUCCAGCUGAUCUUGAAAUACUUAUUCCAUGUUUGGCCCUUCAGCAUGAGCCUCAAUUCUGGGGGCAAGAUGUGGAAUUGUUCAAACCAGACAGAUUCUCAGAAGGGGUUGCUAAAGCUACCAACAAUAACAUGGCCACAUUCUUACCCUUUGGAAUGGGACCUAGAAAUUGUGUGGGAUACAAUUUUGCAACCACUGAAGCCAAGAUUGCUCUGGCAAUGAUUCUACAACGCUACACCUUCACACUUUCCCCGUGUUAUAUUCACUCACCCUUUCGGCUUCUUACAGUUCGGCCACAACAUGGAAUCCAAGUAAUGCUACACUCACUGUGAGCUCUGAAGACAACAAAUAUGUACCCAUAAAUGUUUCAUUUCAUAUGGCUACUUAUAAAGAAUGCAACUCCCUGGAAUCAUUACUUUGUUCUUAUAGUACUUUACAAUGAUAAUGACUUCUCCAUUCAAGAUGCAUUGCUCAUAAUGAAUGGAGAUUUGCUAAGCUGAUGUAAUAUAUGUACCCCUAAGUUGAUUUAAGAUGACCGUACUUUCCUUUUUCCA